AUGGCGAUCCCAAUCAAAAUUGGAAAUUACAAACUAGGAAAAACUCUCGGCUCUGGGUCUUUUGGAAAAGUCAAGCUUGGGAUAAAUGAAAUUACACAAUAAAAAGUAGCAGUCAAAAUACUAAAAAAGAGCUAAAUUAAAAAGCUUGGUAUGUUUGACAAAAUUAAGCGAGAAAUAAAAAUUUUGAAGCUAUUCAAUCAUCCACAUAUAAUAAAGCUCUUCGACUUUAUUGAUACCUCAUCUGAUAUUUUCGUAAUUCUUGAAUACGCUUCAGGAGGAGAACUGUUUGAUCUUAUAUCCAGAUAGGAAAAGCUCGAAGAAUGUGAUGCAAGGAGACUUUUCUAAUAAUUGAUUUCAGGACUAGAUUACGCGCAUCAGCAUAAAAUUGCUCACAGAGAUUUGAAACCUGAAAAUCUUCUAUUUGACUCUAAUAUGAAGUUAAAAAUUGGCGAUUUUGGUCUUUGUAAUAUUAUGAAGGAUGGCUCAAGUUUGAAGACAUCUUGUGGAUCCCCCAAUUAUGCAGCUCCAGAGGUUAUUUCCGCUACUUUUUAUGAUGGGAAAUAAGUUGAUGUUUGGAGCUGUGGUGUUAUAUUAUAUGCAAUGUUGAGCGGUUAACUGCCGUUUGAUGAAGAUCAGAUGCCUGCCUUAUUUCAUAGGAUAAAAAAAAGCAAGUUUUAUAUGCCAAACUACAUAUCAGACGAUGCAAAAGAUUUGAUUAGCAGACUUUUGUAACCUUUGCCCAUUAAAAGAAUGAAGUUAGACGAAAUUAAGAGUCAUUCCUGGUUUAAAGUUGAGAUUCCUAUUUAUCUAGAACGACUACUCAAUAAGAAAUCUUUAGUUAUUACUAAAUCUGAGAGUAGACAAUAGAAUAGAUCAUCUAAUUAAUAUUAGAAUGAAGAUAUUGAUCAAGACAUUUUAAAUCUAAACUUGAAUCCUGACAACAGAGGGCAUAUCAUAGACUAAAUUAAGGACAGGAAAAACAUUGAUUUUUGUGUUGUUUAUGAGUUCUUAGCCCAUCAAAAACUCCUUGACACUUGUUUUUCAGAUGAUCUUCAAUAAUGUGCAAAUAAAAAUUAUGAAGGAUGCCAAAAAUCAGAAGGUAUUAAAAGUUAAAGAAAUUAAGUAAGCGCUAAGUAAAAGCAGAGACUGAAGCUGAUAAAUAAUAAAUGGAAAAAUCCAGAGCAGUUUUGCUUUAGAAAGCUGUAGAAGAAUAACUUUAAGAAAAUCGAGGAUCGAUAAAUGUCAUUUGCAUCAACUUAAUGUCAUUCUACUGGACAAGAUUUUGACUCACCUAUUUUAGAAAGUUAGAAUUAGAAUAUAAAUGAGCAACUAAUGAUAUUGCAAAAAUAGGCAUCAUUCCAAGAAAGAUUGAGAAAAUUGUUGCCCAAAAUACCAAAAUAAUUCGGAUUAAUGUUUAAAGGUAAUGUGAAUGAUUUCAUAAGAAUUCUGACGCACUGUAUGGUAAGUGCUAACUUCUAGUGGUAAACUAGCUAUAAAGACAUCAAGUUCAAGUGUAGAACUAAACUUACAGAAUCUGAUAUCUGGGAUGAUCUUUGUGGAGAUUCAUUCCUCGAUGACUUUAUGAGAAACGACUUCAUCAAAUUCUAUGCGCAGCUGUUUAAAUGGAAUAAAGAGAUGCCAGAUAUUUAUUAUUUAGAUGUGACAUUCAUCAAAGCUGCUCAAAAUUGUGUUCUUCUAAAUAAAAUCUAAGACUUGCUAGAUGAUGUUAAAAAGAAAAUAAAGACGUGCUCAAGUUUGCAUUAUAUAGCCACCUUGACGAUGAUAGAAGAAACUCUUCCUAACAAGGGUCAGGGAUUUGAAUUGGUACCUAAUAUUAAGAGGGCUAGUGUAUAAGAAGAAGUAGGUCUAAAUGAUCUUUCUUUAAGUGGAACAAAUAUCAUGAAUCUAAACUACACAGAAGGAGAUCGCUUUUAUACUCCACAGAUUUAACACUACUAGCUUUAGUAGUAAGUAAAUCCAGUUAAAUGA